AUGGCCGACACUGACCCCCCGCCAGCGCCGAAAGAGGAAGUUGAGAAGCCUGAUAAUAUGGAGGAAGAGAAAGAAACACACCCAUACAACACGGGAGACGAAGAGGACAGCGACUCAGAUGCCGAGUCGGACCAGGCAUCAGAAUCAGAACAUGGAGAGGAUACGUCUUCCCCAGCGCCGGAAGCUCCACGGGAAGAGGCGGAUACCUCGACAUCGACACCUGCACCUGCACCUGCACUCGAAGCGCCAGCACUCAACGUACCCGAUGGAGGAGAUGCGCCGCGAUCAUCCGAGCAGAUCUUCGACCAUCGCCUGCCUAUCGAGAACCGGCCGCGAACAGACUCGCAAUCCACUGCAGCCACGACCGCUACACGACCAUCUACAAGAAGCUCUUUAGUUUUCGUAGUCACUGCGCUUGAGACAAUCGCAGCUUCAAAAGAUGCUAGGAAGAACAAGAAGCUUGGAGACAGCACCAACGCGGCGCUGUCGGCUAUCAAGAAUGAGGGUGAUCCGGCGCGCAUCAAUCCCGAGGUUCUCUUUGAACCACUCCAACUUGCCUCGGAGGCCCCCAACGUCCCCGUAUCCAUUACAGCGCUCGAUUGCAUCGGAAAGCUCAUCAGCUACUCCUACUUCUCCGUGCCGGCCGAACCGCGAGCCGAUAACAGCGAGGUGCCUCCUCUGAUCGAACGAGCCAUAGACACAAUUUGCGAUUGUUUCCAAGGCGAGGCUACCGCGCCAGAAGUGCAACUGCAAAUCGUCAAGUCGCUGCUGGCAGCUAUCUUGAACGACAAGAUUGUUGUGCAUGGAGCGGGACUGUUGAAGGCUGUGCGACUCACGUACAACAUUUUCCUCCUUUCCAAGUCGAGCGCGAACCAGCAAGUAGCACAGGGUGCAUUGACCCAAAUGGUAGGAACAGUGUUUGAGAGGGUCAAGACGAGGCUUGUUGUUAAGGAGGCUCGGUUGAACUUGUCGCGGACGUCCUUGAAUGAAAAGGACCAAUCGGAGGAGAGUGUACAGCAAGAUGAGGGCAGUACAGAAGAUAUCAGUGGCUCCGAGGCCAAUGGUCAAGACAGAGAGGACGAGCACGACGCUGAAACCGCCGAACCCAGCGACAAGGCCGUCGACCGACACACGGGUCCCAAGAUCACACUGCAAAGCUUCGAAAACAACAUGAGCUUCAACGACGACCGAAUACACGAUAACGCACCAACACUGGUAACUCGCAUCAAAGGCAAACCUGGGUCGCGACAUGUGUCUGGACAAGAGAGCUCGCCUCAUGUCAACACCGAAGAGGAGGAAGAGGAUGAGAUAUUUGUCAAAGAUGCGUACCUCGUAUUCAGAGCCAUGUGUCGUCUGAGCACUAAGGGUCUGACCGUGGAUCAUGCCCACGAUGUCCGAUCGCAAGGCAUGCGUUCGAAGCUUCUCUCUCUGCAUAUGAUCCACACCAUACUCUUCAAUAACAUUGCUGUAUUCGUGUCGCCGUAUGCCACCAUACGCAGUGGCAGCGAUGAACCAACAAGCUUCAUACAGGCGGUCAAACAGUACCUCUGCUUGAGCUUGAGUCGGAACGGCGCAAGUUCAGUGAAGCAGGUCUUCGAAGUUGCCUGCGAGAUUUUCUGGCAGAUGCUCAAAUAUCUGCGCAUUUCACUCAAGAAGGAAGUCGAGGUGUUUCUAAAGGAGAUAUACCUUGCAACUUUAGACAAGCGAAGUGCUCCUGCAUUUCAGAAGCAAUACAUUUUGACAAUAUUCGGAAGGCUGGCUGCAGACCCCCGAGCCCUGGUAGAGAUCUAUCUCAACUAUGAUUGCGACCGCACUGCACUUGACAACAUGUUUCAGCGCGUCGUUGAACACUUGUCCAAGAUAUCUAGCAACCCCGUCACCAUCACAGCCGUGCAGCAGCAAGCGUAUCAGGACCAGCGAGAGAAGCAAGCAAGACAGAUGGACUGGCAGAGUCGCGGCACAUUACCGCCAUCGCUCACAACCGUCUCAAUGAAUUCAUCGCACGAGACAGAGCAUGGCUACCCCCAAGAGUACGCCAUGAAGCAAGAGUCUCUCGAGGCCCUGGUCGAGAUACUCCGAUCUCUCGUCAACUGGGCUCAACAAGCCCUGCCUGAGAACACCAAGCAAAACAACCCUGACAUGCGACCAUCGCUCGACGACCUCCGUGUAUCAACAGACACAAGAUUUGCCGCAGAAUCUCCAAUGGUGGGAGCAGACUCCGGAACUGUUACGCCGCUGGCCGAGGAUGACUACAGCCAACUUGAAAAGGCAAAACAGAGGAAAACAGCACUCACAAAUGCAUUGAGACAGUUCAACUACAAGCCGAAGCGUGGACUAAAGACGUUGAUUGCCGAAGGUUUCAUUCCCUCAAACAAGCCUGAGGAUAUAGCUCGCUUCUUCCUCGACAAUGACCAGAUCGACAAGACGGCACUGGGAGAGUUCCUUGGUGAGGGUGAUCCCGAAAAUAUUGCCAUCAUGCAUGCUUUUGUCGAUUUGAUGGACUUCACCAAGACCCGCUUUACGGACGCCCUGCGGCGCUUUCUCCAAAGCUUUCGGCUACCCGGUGAAGCCCAGAAGAUUGAUCGCUUCAUGCUCAAGUUUGCUGAACGAUAUAUUACCGGUAACCCCAACGCAUAUGCUAAUGCCGAUACUGCAUACGUUCUGUCAUACUCAGUCAUCAUGCUGAAUGUCGAUCAACAUAGUAAGAAGAUGAAGGGCCCUCGCAUGACGCCAGCAGACUUCAUCAAGAACAACCGUGGCAUCAACGAUUCUGCUGAUCUGCCGGAUGAGUAUCUACAAGGUAUAUUCGAUGAGAUAUCGCAAAACGAGAUCGUAUUAAAUACCGAGCAAGAAGCUGCUGCGGACAAGGGGUUAUUGAACCAACAACCUACUGGAGGGUUGUCUAGUAUUGGGCAAGUCCUAACGGGUGGUGCUCGCGACCUACAGCGGGAAGCGAUCGUACAAGCUUCCGAAGCAAUGGCUAACAAGACCGAGCAACUUUACAAGCAGCUCCUUCGAGCCCAACGGAGAACAGCCGCAGCCCUCCCAGUCUCAAAAUUCAUACCCGCGUCAUCCUCCAAGCAUGUCGGACCCAUGUUCGAAGUCAGCUGGAUGCCAAUACUGACUGCUCUCUCUGGCCAAGCUCAAGACCACAACAUCGAAAUCGUUCGUCUGUGCAUCGAAGGCAUCAAGCUAGCAAUCCGGAUAUCGUGCUUAUUCGAUCUCGAUAGCUCACGACAGGCCUUUGUAGCUUUCCUCGCGCGCUUCACCAACCUCUACAACGUGAGCGAGAUGAAGGCUAGGAACAUGGAAGCGUUGAAAGCCUUGAUCGAGAUUGCCCAGACGGAGGGUAACCUUCUACGGGAAUCUUGGCGUGAGGUCCUCACAUGUGUUUCGCAAUUGGACCGUUUCCAACUCAUUUCUUCUGGUAUCGACGAACGUGCCGUGCCAGACGUGCUCAAGUCGAGUUCAGGCACCGCACAGUCGCGUAAGAACCUCAACGUUCCGGCCAACCGUCAAAGACCAAAAUCACAAGCGAGCACCAUGAGCUUCCAUUCUGAAGUAGCCGAGGAAAGUCGAUCCACCGACAUCGUCCGAGGAGUAGACCGCAUCUUCACCAAUAGUGCAAACCUAUCUGGUGAAGCUAUUGUGGACUUUGUCAAGGCUCUUGUUCAAGUCAGCUGGCAAGAGAUCCAGUCUUCUGGGCAGAGCGAGUCACCGCGCACUUACAGUCUGCAGAAGCUUGUGGAGAUCAGUGGCUACAACAUGACGCGUGUCCGUUUCGAAUGGACCAACAUCUGGCAGGUGCUUGGCGCUCACUUCAACGAGGUUGGAUGCCAUACCAAUACUAAUGUCGUCUACUUUGCUCUCAACUCACUACGGCAACUUUCUAUGAAGUUUAUGGAAAUCGAGGAACUGCCGGGUUUCAAGUUUCAAAAGGACUUCCUCAAACCCUUCGAGCACAUCAUUAACAACACAAACGUCGUCUCGGUCAAGGACAUGGUACUACGCUGUUUGAUUCAGAUGAUACAGGCACGAGGCGAAAACAUUCGAUCUGGCUGGAAAACUAUGUUCGGUGUUUUCACUGUGGCCGCCAGGGAACCCUAUGAGGGCAUUGUAAACCUCGCGUUUGAAAACGUCACUCAAGUAUAUAAUACCCGCUUUGGUGUAGUGAUCUCACAGGGCGCGUUCGCAGAUCUCAUUGUCUGUCUAACUGAAUUCUCGAAGAACUUCAAGUUCCAGAAGAAAUCACUACAAGCAAUAGAACUGCUCAAGUCAUCUGUACCAAAGAUGCUUCGGACGCCCGAGUGUUCUCUUUCCGCCCGCGCUGGAUAUUUGAAAGACUCAGAAAAGGGCUCUUCAAUACCCAAGCAACCCAGUCGACAAACCCAAGAGGAGCAGUUCUGGUUCCCAGUUCUAUUCGCAUUCCACGAUGUCCUGAUGACCGGUGAGGAUCUGGAGGUCCGGUCAAGAGCGUUGCAAUACCUGUUUGAUACUCUGAUUAGCUAUGGUGGCGACUUUCCGCGGGAUUUCUGGGACAUGCUUUGGCGACAGCUUCUGUACCCCAUCUUCAUGGUCCUGAAGUCAAAGUCCGAGAUGACCAAGGUCUUGAAUCACGAGGAGCUUUCAGUAUGGCUUUCGACUACUAUGAUUCAAGCUCUCCGCAACAUGAUCAAACUCUUCACCCACUUCUUUGAUUCGCUAGAGUACAUGCUCGACCGAUUCCUGGAUCUCCUCGCCCUUUGCAUAUGCCAGGAGAACGACACCCUAGCGCGUAUUGGCAGCAACUGUUUACAGCAGUUGAUCCUGCAGAAUGUGCAGAAGUUUCAGGCUGAUCACUGGAGCCAAAUCGUCAAGGCAUUUGUGGACCUCUUCCAAAGGACCGAAGCAACAGCACUAUUCUCUGCUGCAACUAGCGGCUCAUCUACACAAACCACUUCGACGAACGGUACUGGUAAUACAUCAGACCUGACAACGCCAACAGGAGAAGGACCGCCCGGCGAACUCUCGCUUCAAACACCUGCUGAAGAACCGAAAAUGGACAACGCCCUCGGGAUCAACGGCCUUUCAGGCACAAGGCGACCAUCACUGGUGACUUCAGACUCUGCGAGCAUCAGUGGCGGCGUUGAACAACGUAUGCCAUCGCCGCUCCCUAAGCGCCAGACUCAGGAGUUGGAAGAUUACCGUCCCGACGACCAGAACCUCCAGCAACCACCCGUUGUUGUAACUGCCGCCCGCCGUCGCUUUUUCAAUCAGAUCAUCACGAAAUGUGUUCUACAACUUCUUAUGAUCGAGACGGUACAAGAGCUCUUCACCAAUGAAGCGGUAUACGAGAAGAUUCCAUCCGGCGAACUCCUCCGCCUUAUGGCCGUUCUCAAGAAGUCGUACCACUUUGCUAAGCGCUUCAAUGCGAACCGCGACCUGCGAUCACGUUUGUUCAGGGAAGGCUUCAUGAAGCAACCGCCAAACUUGCUGAAGCAGGAGAGUGGAUCUGCGUCUGUGUACGUCAGCAUCCUGUUUAGAAUGUACCACGAUACAUCCAAUGACCGCGCCGCCUCGCGCGCCGAUACUGAAGCCGCUCUGAUUCCACUCUGCGAAGACAUCAUUGCUUCAUAUGUCGACCUCGACGAGGAGACCCAACAGCGCAACAUAGUUACUUGGCGCCCUGUCGUUGUUACCGUAUUGGACGGAUACACCGGCUUGCCCAAUGCCGAUUUUGAGAAGAACGUCGACAUCUUUGCGCCGCUUGUUGUUGGGCUUCUAGGUACGGAAAUGGCGCCCGAUGUACAAAGAAGUGUACAAGCGCUUGUCGGGCGCAUCUUCGAGACCAAGCUGGGUAUGGAGAAGCAGCCGCUCAUGCCGGCUAUUAGUCGGAGUCCACGGGGCAGCUUCUUUCUUUCCGAGUUUAUAUUCACUUGUCUGCUCAGCACCUUCCUGUUCUUCUUUUGGAUCUAA